AUGGUAAUUUGCCCGACCUAUGAAGUGCACGAAGUUCUGGAUGCUUGCGAGGCUUCGGCCACUCGUGCACGUGGACCCUGCGCCUUCUGUACCCAGGCCGGAAUUUCGUGCCUCCACGCCUUUAUUGAGCGACCUGCUCUCUCAUUCAUUCUCUCUCUUCGUCGCUUCAAUGAAGGAGAUCGUUACCGAGUUCGACGAAUCCUCCGGGGGAACCUGUACGCCCUUUGCGUGCAGCGCGAGUAUCCUCGUCGCACUGCCUACGCCUUCAUCGAGGACUUUGCCGAUUCUGUUCGUAUGGCUCGACGACAGGUGGCCCAUGAGGCCUGGCUUGAUGAAAUCUAUGAGCUCGAGCAACUCGUGGAGAACCAGCGCAACCGGUCCGCCUGA